GGGAAUAGAACGGUUGGGAUUGGUCUGGCGAUCGCCAAGCUGUAGAAACAAAGAACCAACAAAGCCGCCGCACUGUGGCUGCGACGCUGUUCCCGCCCGCUUGGGAAUGUCGGCGCUUAGGGCCGCAGAUGCUCGGUAUUGCGCACCAACAAGCGGAGUGAUUGAUGCCAGGGCCGGCAAAAUCAAAGCAAUGUGGAAUUUGUUUAUAUGGAAGCAGUUGUUCACGAUAUGCCCAACCGCGGGCCGUCGCGAAGCUGGUCGUGUACUGUCUCCUGGAAUCUUGCGCUGAUUGUUGCUACCAAAAGCACAGGUUGAACCCGUCCUCCCACUAUGGUUCAUUCCACUCGUCUCUGGUUGAUUACCCUUCUCAUCGCGGCCUUCUCGAGCUGGCCUCUGACGAAAGCUGCGUGCUACUUCCCCAGCGGAAGAAUCGCCGCCGGAGACGUUCCCUGCCGGGACGACACGCCGAACGCCGCGUGCUGUGGCCAGGGCUAUGCCUGCUUGAGCAACGGCAUCUGUCAGGCUACGGGUGAAGAGCUGCAGAAGCCCGGGGCCACGGAGUUUGUGCGGGGAUCUUGUACCGACAAGGAGUGGCGGAGUUCCUCUUGUCCUUUGUUUUGUAUCGAGCAGGAUGUGGACUUCUUGGAUGGCGGAAACGGCAUCUUCAAGUGCCAGAACACGACCGAGGAUCUGUAUUUCUGCAUCGACAAACAGUCUGCGACGGAAGCCAGUUGCGAGGAGAAGGAGAAGGUCCUGUUUUUCCCAGGGACACCGACUGCCAUUACCACAAUCGGUGUCUUACCAACCACAACGUCCUCACUUAUCAGCACGACUAGCACUGCCCCCCUUUCCCUACCCUCUACCUCUGAAACCGUCUCCUCCACGGCCCAAGACUAUUCGACAUCGGCUUCGUCAAGAGCGAGCGAGAGCACGCCCGGGCCAGAAACACAAGCCCCGCUCAACGAUACUGACAAAUUGUCGACUGUUUCCUCCUCCAAUUUGGGUCCGAUCGUCGGAGGCGUAUUCGGGGCCACCGCCGCGGUAGUUCUCGCCGGGGCGGGUGGCUGGCUCCUCGCUCGCAGGCGGAAGCGGAACAGCAAUGGAAACCGGGCGGAGCUGCCAAAAACACUGAGUGGAUAUACGGGGAGCCAAGGGAAGCCGAUGUUUACUACCGGCGGCAGUAACGCUUCCACGGAGAUAUGCGAGGCACCAGUGCCAACGCCAACGCCGGGGGUGUAUUGGCAUCAAAAGGUGCAACAAGGGCCCUCGGAACUUCCACACGCAAUUGGGAUUUCCUGUGGUCCUUCGCAUGCCGAACUCCCCGCCGAGUUACCGGGUGGUCAUCAAUGAGACCAAACAUCAUUGGGGAGUACAUAGGAGAUGGGCACCGCAUAGCAACGCCAUGCAAACCAAAGCUGUCCCCUGAAUUGGGACCAUCACGUAGUGUCCAAUAUCCUUCGUUGAAUAAGGUAGACACAUGAGCAGCUCUCCAGAUGCGGUUGAAUUAUUUGGGAUAGGCGAAGGAAGAAUAGAAAGAGAGGGGAGGAAAGAGGAGGAGGAAGGGGAAGAAAAUGAAGAAGAGAAGAGAGGGGAGGAAGAGAAAGCGGAAGUUUGAGAAAGUGAAAAAGAAAAACAAAUGUUUUCGUUCUGCCUUCAAACCUGUAUAGGUCCUUUC